AUGAAGAAAAAACCAGCUCAAGACUUCGUGUUUGACCCAAAGUUGUGCCGUGAACUCAUGACGAAGUUCUGCAUUCAUGCUGAGAUUCCGUUUCUCAAGUUUGAAGAUCCCUACCUUCAAGUAUGGAUAGACUCGAUGCAACCAGCUUUCCAAAUCAAAGGGCGUCACACGGUUCGUGACGAUGCAAUGAAGAUGUAUCAAGAAAUGAAGAAAGAUAUUGAGAUUGAGUUCGAGAAUUUGGAUUCUCGUAUCUGUCUUACUUCUGACAUGUGGACGUCAAACCAGAACUUGGGAUACAUGUGCAUAACAGCCCAUUACAUUGACGCCGGAUUCAAUUACAAAAAGAAGAUCAUUAACUUCAAAGAAGUAAGAUAUCCUCAUACUGGCUUUGCGAUAGAAGAGGCAAUUGUGAGUUGCUUGACAGAAUGGGGAAUAAGGAACAAGAUAUUUACCAUGACAUUGGACAAUGCCAAUAACAACACGACUGCUUGUGAAGAGUUUGUAAAAUAUCACAAGAAUGAGUUGCUUCUCGAAGGACAAAAUUUGCAUGUCCGAUGUUGUGCCCACAUUCUCAACAUAUUGGUUCAAGAUGGGAUGAAAAUCAUUCAUAGAUCUAUUAACAAGAUACGUGAACUCCUCAAGCAUAUAGAGACUUCUCCAACAAGGCUUCAGGACUUCAAUACAAUUGCAAUUGCCAUGGGUUUGGCUUCAAAGAAAGGCAUGUGUAUUGAUGUAGCCAAUAGAUGGAAUUCGACUUGGAAAAUGCUUGUACAAGCAUUGGUAUACAGAUCUGUCCUAGAUAGUUAUGCCAGCCAACACUUGCAAGAAUAUCCAAUCGAGGAAGAAUGGGCGAGAGCAAAGGGCAUAUGUGACUUUCUUAAAGCUUUCGAAGAGCUUACCUUGACAGUUUCGGCUCAUAGGAAGCCAACUUCACAUCAGUUUUUGCCCGUGGUGUUGUGCAUUCGCCAUGCACUGAAAGACCCAGCUUGGCAAACUAGUGAAGUGCUAAAGGAAUUAGCGUCUGUAAUGCAGACAAAGUUGGAUAAAUACUGGGAUCCUAAUGAGAAGGAUGUGGAUCAAAAUCGUCGGAGAAAGAGCAAAGAAAUUGAGUUAAACCCUGCUCUUGUCAUUGCAACAUUCUUAGAUCCAAGACGGAAAGCAAAUUAUCUUGAUUUUUUCUAUAGCAAGGUCUGUAACAGCGAUGAUCAGGUUUGCAACCAUGUGGAUGCUGCAAUAGAUAUGGUGAAAAAAUAUAUACGAGAAUACGAGCAACUUGCAACGACAGGCACUGCAUAUUCCACACCUUCUAGCCAAGGAGGCAGCAUCAUCGUUGGCUCACCGAUUGUGGGGAAAAGGAAGCUGGAAGAAGAGUUUGCACAAUACAGGUCUCGUCGGAGGACAACUCGGGUGCAAAGGUCUGAACUUGAUACAUAUCUAGAAGAAAUAUGUGAGGUGGACAUGGCUGACUUCGACGUAUUGAAUUGGUGA